AUGGUACUUUUUGCUAAACUUCUCAUUCUGGCAUUAACUGCUGCCGCCACACCUAUACUUCGCCGUGAUGUUGCAACAGUUGAGAACGAUAUAACGCAAAAAAUCCACCCGCAAAUUACAAAACUAAACAACGACGUCAAUGGUUUCCCCGCUAGUGGUUUAGCCGGAGCUAUAAAUAUCCACAACGAUUUCCAGAGCCUUGCUACUACUGUUGUUGCUACGAUUGACGAUAUCAAGUCCACUGGCUCCUUUGGCACUGUAUCUGGGACUACUAUUCUUGCCGACGUCCAACUGCUAGUCCCCACGCUCUUGGCUACAUUGAGUGCUAUUGGAUCUCAAGAACCUUCUUGGGCAGCUUUUCCAGGCGGCAAAGAUCUGGUUCUUAGCGAUCUCCAGUCUCUCCAUACAGCCUUCCACAACUUCAACAACGCUAUGAAUGCAGCAUUGCCUCUUCUUCUAAAAGCCGGGAGCCUCGCAAUUCAGGCUCAGAUGGAUAGUGCCUUCACCACUGCAAUAGCUCCCUACUCCGCCUAG